GAAACACUCGACAAAUAGCCAGGGUGCACAUGAGCGAAAAACCUGGCCCCCGACGUGACGACGCACGCAUUGCAGUUCUACAUCUGUAAUGAAGACAGUGAACAUGGCAUUUGGUUAUGGACUCAUUGUCACUGUAUGCAGCUGCAUCCGAGGAGAUGGUGCAGUCGAUGCCACGACAACUGUGUAUGUUCAACAUGGAAGAACUGCCAUGCUCUCGUGGACCUUGCCCAAGCCAGAAAUCAGGGAAUUUACAGUGAGACAUUCAUCUGGUUAUCUGUUUCACCUUACGGACUAUAACAAGGUGAGUGUAAGUGAUGCAUCAACACUGAAGGCGGUUUACACUGGAAACAUCAAUGCUUCGGGAUCAGGAGUGUUCGCCUUCCAGCUGUUUGAUGCAGGGAUUUGGUCAGCCGGAGGCAGCUAUUCAUGUUACGGCGGUUCACCUAGUUCCAGAGGAAGGAUUAUUCCUAACUGUGGUCAGAAGCUUGUUAUACUACAUCUCCAAGAUCCCUACAUCGUGACAAAGGGAAUGGUUGAGUCAAGCCGUAUUGCCAGUCUAUCGUGCUACUCCAUCAUCAGAUCCUCGCCAGUUUCUCAUGUCAUGGCGUCAGUCACCUGGAAAAGAAAUGGCGUGAACCUGACUAUUGCUGGGAAAUAUCAAGUUUCCAUAGAUUAUGGGUGGUUUUCCUACGAUAGCAUCACUUACAACAAUACUUUGACUAUCAGUAAAGACGGGACAGACGAAAAUGUCACAUACAGUUGUCAGGUUGAGGUAAAGAACCAUCUGUUUCAGUCCAACUGGAGCUGUGGUUAUAUGCUGAAUACGGAACAUCGGGUAGACAUGGGCACCAACUAUACAGUCCUGAGCGUUGGUGACAGUGCGACGGUAACCUGGAAAAUACCUCGACAUCGUCAUUUAGUUCAUGUCAAGUCCGACUCUGGUAGGCACAUGUUUCGACAGGAGUCUGCUGCAGUAUACGUAGAGUAUUACUACUGGCCACGAGUUACCAUCACCGAAGUUAUUACUUCAUCUGCUGCGAAUGUCGUUCGGUUUCGACUGUACAACGUGACAGAAGCUGAUGCUGGCAGAUACAACUGUGAUGGUAUUCCUUGUGAAUAUGUCCUGGUUGUCUCGCGUGUACCAGCAAAACCACGCAUCACUUCCUCUACCAAGCCACUAGUCGGUGAAAACAUAACCCUGAUAUGUUCCUCCACGUCCCGAAGUCUUCCCCAGGACCACAAUCUGACCAUGUUCUACAACUGGAGGAGAGACAACACGAGCCUGCUGAGUGGAGGACGACAUCAGAUAUCAGGUUCCAGUUUGACUAUCAGAGAAUUCAAGAGACAGGAUAUGGGUAACUAUUCAUGUCAGGCUACGGAAGAAAUGGGACUGAAGUCGGAAUGGAGUAAUACAUGCGUGAUGGAAGGGUCAUUUAAACCCGCAAUCCUGAACCUGUCAGUAAACGGGACAUCCACGGUUACUGUCAGUGUAAAUCAAACUGUGGAGUUCAUGUGUGAGGUUGAGGGUUAUCCACCGCCCCACGUGUACAUUGUCCACGUUGGCAGCAGCAAGGCUGUCGUCAACAUGCUGAGAAGACAAGAACCUGUGUAUCAUCUUCUCACACAGGUCCGGAGCUGUUCCCUGUUUGGACAGUACGUCUGUAGAGCCAAUAACACCAUAGGUACAUCCGAAGGAUACGUGGCUACGCUACAAACUCCUCCACGGAAACAAGAUUCAAAAGAUUGUGAGAUUGAAAAUAAAAGGGAUGGUAAACCACCUUCUGGAAACAUCGAGUUCACCCUUUGUGCCUACCCAGCACCUGUAGUGACGAAAUGGUACUUUGCCAAAUAUGGCAGUCCCAGAGACAUCACUGCAAAUGAAAAGUAUAAGUUGGCUAGGAAGGCAUCAACAGACAACUUGUAUGACUAUAUGUUCACAAUUACCAACAUCACUGAAAACGAUUUUGGAGCAUAUAUAUUUCGUUUUGAACAUGCUGAAGCAACGGCCGAUAUAAUCAUCAUUGCUUCACCCCCCAAAGGUCCUUCUAACAGCUCUGUUGUCAUCGGAUGUUCAAUUCUAGCUAUCGCCUUGGUCGUCGUUGCCAUUGUUUUUCUCUGCCGAGUUGAGUACAUCAGAGAUUACUGGCGUAUAAGAUUUCCGCAGGCAUUUAUUACAGAAACAAACAACAUAAAUGUGUCACUGGAGAACGUUACAGAGCGAGAAUAUGAUGUCAUAGAGGAUUCACAUUUAGCGGACUCAAUCGCUAUCUCUGAAAAUAGGCGAAUGGACAGUGACGUUGACUAUCAGAAGGUGAGAACCUUGUCUCUCAGUUCGGAGUCAAAUAAGGACGAUUUAGAAUGCCACUAUGACAUGGGAAACAAGGAACAGAAAAAUGAAACAGAAAAGGGAAGCACGAGUUUGAAAAAUGAUGUAAACGACGAGGAACAGAAUGAAUGUAGUGAAACUGAAAUUGAGUCUGUUUUAGAUAUUGUCGGUGGUCAUUUAAGUUUCCCGUUAACAAUAGCUGAUGAUUUUAACACUUGUCUCGUCGGCACGAGAUUUACUGUCGGGGAAACAGAUAGGCUUUGUGUUGAGCUAGCAGAGAGAAAUGAUCAAGAGGAGGUAAUGCAGAGGCCAGUUUCUGCCACACCAUUGGAUGACUUUGUGUCAACGAAUCAACUGAUUAAUAAAUCAGACAUUUUGCUGUCGUCCUCUGCUGGGAGACAGCAGGUAACUUCUAGUGUUACUAGAAACGAGUAUGAACAUAUUAGAAGACAAGCAUUGUCUGAUGAAUACACUUCUUUGAAACCUGACCAUAAUCCGUCCGAUAGCUUGUAGCAUUGGAUACCCACAACCAUAAUAAUCAGAUGAGACGGAGAAGGAAUAUUAAUCGAGCUUUGAGAUAAUUCACCGUAUUGUGCAUGAUACUAAUUUUAACGUUUAACUCGACGUAUUUAUUAUUUAUGUCAGCUGUUUAAGUUCAAGAAGUACAAUCCCCUCUUUUUUGAGGACCCUGUCAUACUUGUGUACCUUCAUAGGAACACCGAUAUCUGCAGUUUGUUUAUUCACAUGUCAGUGCUGAUUUCUUUAAACCCGAGUGGGUUUCUGAGUUUUGACUGUUAUACUGUAUCCAAACAUUAUUGUAUGCAUUGAUUGAUUGAUUGAUUGAUUGAUUGAUUGUUAUAUUAAUAUCCAAGUUGCUAUGUAUACAAACUGUAAUGAAGUCCUUUGAUACA